AUGUCUGUGAUUCUUUGCACAGCGGGUUACGACCACACAAUCAGGUUCUGGGAGGCCCUCUCGGGCAUUUGUUCCCGUACGAUCCAGCACCCAGACUCCCAGGUCAAUCGCCUCUGCAUCUCUCCCGACAAGCGCUUCCUCGCCGCCGCAGGCCACCACACGGUCAAACUCUACGAUAUCAAGUCCACGAACCCGAACCCACUGCUUACCUUCGAGGGCCAUACUGGCAACAUCACCGGCGUCGCUUUCCACUGCGAGGGCAAGUGGAUGGUGACCAGCUCCGAGGAUGGCACCGUCAAGAUUUGGGAGACACGCAGUGGCCAGGUCCAGCGCUCCUACAACCACGGCUGUCCCGCCAACGACGUCGUGAUCCAUCCUAACCAGGGCGAAAUCAUCAGUUGCGAUCGCCAGGGCAGCGUCCGUGUCUGGGACCUUGCCGAGAACAACUGCUCCCACCAGCUGAUUCCCGAGGAGGACGUUUCGGUCUCAAGCGUCACGGUCGCCAGCGACGGCUCUCUGCUUUGCGCUGCGAAUAAUGGCGGCAACGUAUUCGUGUGGCAGCUGCUGCAGGCCUACGACCGAACCCAGCUCCUUCCAGUCACUCACUUCAAUGCGCACAAGGAGUACAUCACGCGCAUUCUCCUCUCGCCCGACGUCAAGAAGCUCGCAACUUGCAGCGCCGACCACACCGCCCGCAUCUGGGAGGUCAAGGACCUUGAGCCUGCCCCCGACCAGGAGCCUAAGCCGUUCCCGCUCGAGGCCACCCUCACGGGCCACCAGCGCUGGGUCUGGGACUGCGCGUUCAGCGCCGAUUCUGCCUAUUUGGUGACGGCCUGUUCCGACCACUAUGCCCGGCUGUGGGAGCUUCACAGCCAGCAGAUCAUUCGCCAGUACAAUGGUCACCACAGAGGCGCCGUCUGUGUCGCCCUCAACGACUACUCCGAGUCUGCUAGAUAA